CCGGCCUCUGCGGCCGGCUGCGGCCGCGUCGGGCAGGGUUCCCGGGUUUACGACGCGCGACAGGCGGCGGGGGCGACAGGCGGCGGGGGCGGCCCUUCCCUGCUGCCGAAACCUGUUAUCGUCGCCCCGGAGCGGCCGCGCCGGGGCAAAAAUGCUGCCGCCCGGCGGGGGCCUGCUCUGGCUUGGCCUGGUCCUGGCUUCCGUCUGCGCCUCCGUCGGAUCCGCGGCGCCGGGCGACUCGGCCCCAGAUGCUCUGAAUGUCCUUCUAAUCAUCGUGGAUGACCUACGCCCCUCCCUGGGGUGUUACGGGGACAAGCUCAUAAGGUCCCCAAACAUGGACCAGCUGGCCUCCCACAGCCUCCUCUUCCAGAAUGCCUUUGCCCAGCAGGCCGUGUGCGCCCCGAGCCGCGUGUCCUUGCUCACCGGGAGGAGACCAGACACUACCCGCCUGUACGACUUCAACUCCUACUGGAGGGCCCACUCUGGCAACUUCUCCACCAUCCCCCAGUACUUCAAGGAGAAUGGCUACGUGACCAUGUCGGUUGGAAAAGUCUUUCAUCCUGGAGUAUCUUCCAAUCAUAGUGAUGAUUCUCCGUAUAGCUGGUCUAUUCCACCUUAUCACCCCUCCUCUGAAAAGUAUGAAAACACCAAGGUAAGGCCGUGAAAGGGGUGCUGUGCU